AUGGAUGGAAAACCUCCUCUUGAUGGUCUCCGGGUUGUAGAACUCGCUGGGCUGGCUCCAGGGCCAUUCUGUGGCCAGCUACUCUCCUCAAACGGGGCAAGUGUUCUUCGUAUAGAUCGCUCAGCAGAGUCAGCCAACCAGGACAUUCUAGUCUCGCGAAAGUCAUCCAUCUCUUUGGACCUGAAGAUUCCAGGUUGCAUCCAGCUCCUCAAGAUUCUCCUCCAAGAAGCCGAUGUCCUCAUAGACCCUUAUAGGCCAGGGGUCCUUGAGAGACUAGGCCUUAGUCCGGCAGCACUCCUAGUCUCAUAUCCGCGCUUGAUCAUUCUUCGGAUGACUGGAUUUCGCAGAGAUGGCCCAUACAAAGAUAUGGCUGGCCAUGACAUCAAUUAUCUAGCAGUAUCCGGUGUACUAAGUAUGCUCGGGGCCAAAGGCGAGCCCCCACUGCCACCUGCCAAUAUCCUCGGCGACUACGCUGGUGGGGGCUUGGCAGCAUUCGCCGGUGUGUUGCUAGCACUGAUUCACCGGAGCUCCAGCAGCAAAGGCCAGGUUGUUGAAGCCAAUAUGGUCGAUGGAGCCUCUUAUAUUGGAACAGUUCCGCGGCUCAGGACCAAGGAGCAUGUUUGGAUGUCUGAGCGCGGGACAAAUCUGCUAGAUGGGGGCUGCCCUUACUACCGCUGUUACGAAUGCAAAGAUGAGGGUAAGUACAUGUCAGUGGGAGCCCUAGAGUCCCAGUUCUUCGCCAAUUUGCUCCAAGGACUGGGCUUGACGCUGGAACAGAUUGUUCCCACGGGGUUGUCACGGGAUGAUAAGAAUUCAUGGCCGCAUAUGCAAGCUGUUCUCCAGAAAGUUUUCAAGACGAAGACACGGAAGGAAUGGGAGCACGUGUUUUUGGGUGAAGACGCCUGUGUGGCUCCUGUGCUAGAGCACAAAGAGAUGGAAACGGCGGGAUACGAACACAAGCCGAUGGUACAUCUAAGUUGCUCUCCUUCCCUCCCAGUUACUGCAAUGUGGGAGGGGAAGCAGCUGAAGCCUGGCCAGGGUGGACAAGAGAUCCUUAAAAAUUGGAUCAAUUGGGAGUUGGGCAGGCAUUACGAUAUUGAAGAAGGGGUUUUUAUUGCACGACCUAAGAACCAGAAGUUAUAA